AUGGCCGCUUUCCCUACCAACGGCUGGAACUUGCCAGGAGAAGCCAACUACAACACGCCCAGUCCGUUUGAUCUUCUCGAUGGCAACGACGCCAUCAAAUUCACACCUACCCUCGCCGACAUAAAAGCCAACGCCACCACCUUCGCCCCCCGUGCCCGUCGACCCUUUGCCCUCCGUCGAUACAUCUCCGAACGCAAGGCCCCCCUCGGAUACAGACGUCCCCUGAGCCCCUCCGUGGCGAGGAAGCGUAUGCUUGCGAAGCUUCAGGAGUUUGACGACAGGUUCAACUCGUCCCAGGACUAUGAUCAGUGGUGGGAGACUAUAAGGCGUCCUGCGGUCCCUUACGACCACGCGGGUGUACUGGAUGUCGUGGCGCCGUGGAUGUAUCCGUAUCAUGAAGAUGAACAUUUGUCGAAGAUGAUGGCGGGAGCUUGGAUAUAG